CCUAGACAAGAAAAGAAGAAGAAAGGGAAAAGUAAGUAUUAAAAAUUUGCCAAUUUGUUCAGAAAAAGGAACAAGUCAAUGUCUUCCAUUCGCAUUUUCUAAGAAUCAACGGAUCUAGAACCUGACUUGAAGUUUCUUCUUCUUCUUCUUCUCAAUUUGGCAACUGAGAUUGAACCAGAAGACGAAGAAGAUGGGUGUUUCAUGGAGCAACAACAACAGCAACAGAAGAAGGAACAACUACCCUCACGCACCACCACAUCUCCCACCUCCUUACUACUACUCUCACCACCCCCACCAUCCACAACCGGCACUGCCGCCACCACCGCCGCAAGGCUACUACUACACCUCAACUAACCCUUCCGCCGCUAACUACGUGGCUCCUCCGCAGUUUUACUCAAAUGGGUAUGCUGCCAAUUCCAUGCCGGCGCGGUUCCACAACCAGCAGACUCCGUUUUUCGUGAAUCCGGGUCAGGGUCAGGGUCAACCCGGUGCUGUUCCUCCUCCCUAUGUUGACCAUCAAACUGCUAAGAAGAUCAGGAAUGAUGUGAACUUGCAUAAACACACUCUGCGCCUUGAUUUUGAUCCUAACAACCCUGAUCACCACUUGAUUUCCUUCGUUUUUGAUGCUCUUUAUGAUGGCAGCAUCACAAUCUACUACUUUGCCAAAGAAGAAGAAAAAUGCAGGUUUACUCCACUAUUUCCUGAAGCAUUUGAGCCAAUCACUUUCCCAUUUCAGAAAGGAGCUGGCCUGAAGUUUUGUCAGCCUUCAGGAACAGGCAUUGACCUAGGUUUCUUUGAGUUGGAUGAUCUCUCAAAGCCCUCACCAGGAGAAGAUGUAUUUCCCCUCGUGAUAUGUGCUGAAACAACUUCAACAACUCCCUUGGAAGAUGAAACUCCUGGUAUUCCCAUUCUAAAUGCAUCUCCUCACAUGCAAAUAACUCAAGCUGUCUUAGAGAAAAGCAGUGGUAGUGGUCCAUUCCAGGUAAAAGUAGUUAGGCAGAUUCUGUGGAUUGAUGAUGUUCGUUAUGAGCUGAGAGAGUUAUACGGAAUAGGAAGCUCAACAGCAGCGGAUUUUGAUGAUAAUGAUCCUCAGAAGGAAUGUGUAAUAUGCAUGACUGAACCCAAGGACACUGCUGUCUUACCUUGCCGACACAUGUGUAUGUGCAGUGACUGUGCGAAAGAAUUACGGUUACAAUCAAAUAAAUGCCCUAUAUGCCGUCAGCCUAUUGAAGAACUUAUAGAGAUCAAGAUAAACAAUGGCGACCAAUGACAUCUUUUCACGUGAUGCGAAGCUGAAGUGCAUGGUAUUUUGCCCCCCAUUUUGUAAAUUGCAGUCAAUAACCUGUUUAUAGUUCACAUGUAAUGUGAUUGAAAGAAAAUUAGAUAAUAUGAUGUCCUCCUUUACUCUCACGUCAUCUAUAUUGUACAGGUGAUUAUCUUCCUUUGUGUUUGUCUGCGAGUAAUGUUUAAGGGGAUCCUUUGUAGACAUGGUUUGGUUGCAGGAAAACCUCCAUUGCAUAUUUUGAGGUUGAAGGUUCCUCUGAUGAAUUAUGUUUGAAAAUUUUAUAAGGUUUAAUUCAAUUAUAUAUAAAGCUAGUGUUCAAUA